UAUGCAUUAAAUUUUAAUAUAAAUGCCCCUAAAGGAAUGACAACUGAACUUAAUUAUGGUGUCUUACUGGUUACCGUGACAACUGAUUGUUCCAAGGUGUUGCUCCUUAACCUAUUACAAGGCACUAUAAAAGACCAAUUCAGUAACACAAACACAUGCUUGGAAAACAACCUUUCUUAUUGCUGUUUAGUUGGGCUGUUGUAGCAGACUAGCUACUGUAGAGUUGGAAAUGGGCGAUUCCAUCAUGAGAAUAAGUUUCUCUGUUGUCAUUUUUAUCAGUCUUGCUGUUCAAGAUGAUGAAUUGGAUACCAUUGGAAGUGGAUUUAGCAGGCCCACAAGGACUGAGAAUGUCAUGUAUUCUGCUAAGGAAGUACAUGGUGAUGGAAGCUACAGUUUUCAAACUGGUUCUUCAGGAGUGGCUAGUACAGUUGUGUCAGGUUAUGGUUCAAGUCUGGCAAGUAGUGCCCAAGGCUCUGAUGAUAAGCGAUCCAGCCAAGCCACUGGCCAGCCCCAGAGAGGUCCAGAUUUGCAUGCUGCUUCCAGGUGGUUUUCAAGUACUAGGCCUGCCCAAGUCAGCCUUAGCCUCAAGCCUUUACAGCAAACUAAUGUUUCUGCACUUCUACCCGGCUACCAAGUCGCCAAUGGCCAGACUGUGGCCCAGACCAGCAGUCAGCAACUAUCACAAGCCAGCCUUGAGUCUGUAUCACAGCCCAUCAGUGCCCAGGUUAGUAGUGCGUCUGUAGGUCAGCCAAGCAGUGUAGUGACCGUACAGGCCCCUUUUCAACCCAGCAGCCAGCAACCAUUACCUCAGCAGUUCACACAAUCCAGUGCAGAGCAACUAGCACAUGCCAGCUAUGAGACAAAGACUCCAUACAGCAUCCCCUUGGUAGAAGCCAGCUAUCAAUCUUUGGCUCAGGAACCAGUGCAGGCAUCUACUGGACAGCAGUUCGUACAAGCUGGCUCUUUGACGUCUUAUCCCAGCAAUUGGCCGUGGUCAGUUACCAGUCUGUGGCACAAGCAAGUGGUCCACAGUCUGGCUUUGAGGCACAGGCUCGUCCUGUCAGCCAGCAAUUUCCAGAGGUUAGCUACCAGUCUGUGGGCCAGGUCAGUGAGCAUCGACCAAGCCAGGCUGCCCAUGCGUCAGUGGUUCUGUCAACUAUCCAGGCCCAGCCCAGUGUGCAGCAACCACCACAAGCCAGCUACCUGUGUAUAUCCCAGCCCAGUGUGCAGCAACCAGCACAAGUCCGCUUCCUGUGUAUAUCCCAGCCCAGUGUGCAGAAACAACCACAAGCCAGCUACCUGUGUAGCCCAGCCCAGUGUGCAGCAACCAGCACAAGUCCGCUUCCUGUGUGUAGCCCAGCCCAGUGAGCAGCAACCAGCACAAGCCAAUUACCCGUCUGCGGCCCAGCCCAGUGUGCAGCAACCAGCACAAGCCAAUUUCCUGUGUGCAGCAACCAGGGUACGCCAGCUAUCUGUCUGCGGACCAGCCCAGUGUGCAGCAAGCCAGCUAUCUGUCUGCGGCCCAGUCCAGUGUGCACCAACCAGCACACACAAGCUACCUGUCUGUGGCCCAGCCUAUUGUGCAGCAACCAGCACACAAGCUACCUGCCUCCAGCCCAGCCCUUGAGGCAGUUGACACUGCCCACAUAUCCGCAACUAACCCAGCCAGGACAAAGUGUGUAUCAGCCUCCAAGCAGGACUAAGCUGCCUGGCCAGCAACCUGUAGCACAGCCCAGCGUUGCUAACAUUAUGCCAUCUAGUUACCUGGCUACAGUCCAGCCAUCAGAAAUCAACACCGACCAGAUACCAGUCUGUAGGGCAGACCACAACCAGCACCAGGCAGACACCCAGCUUUGGCCCAGUCCAGCAGCCAGAAACCUGCACCAGGCAGAUACCUGGCUUUGGCCCAGUCCAGCAGCCAGCAACUAGAACAAGCCAGUUACCAUUCUGUGGCACAGCCCAGUGGCCAGAAACUAGCACCAGGGAGAUA